ACUAUUUAUAUUAAAGAUAUACUUUUUUAAAUUUCUCUUUUUAUUCCACCAUAUUACAAUCGUUCAUUUUGAUCCCUUUCAACAACUCAUCCUCCGUCCCAUUAACACUUGCAUGAAUUGUGCAGUUGGCAUUCCCAAAUCUACAGCAACUUCACCUCGAAUGGGAUGAUGGGAUGAAAGAGAGAUUGCAUGGCCUACGAUUUGCCUCGGACUACUUUUGCAAACUAAAAGUUCUCCGACUUGGACGGUUUCCUCAACAAUUAGCUAUAUUCCCAUUACUAUCCUUACCCAAUCUCGAAAGCCUUCAAAUAGGAAAUUGUUACUUUGAAGAGUUGUUAUUCCAAAGUGAAGGAGUUGGUGGUGAGGAAGGAUUCCAAAAUCUAAGGAUUUUAUAUGUGGAAGGGUGUCCCAAAUUAAAAAGUAAUUUAGUUCCAUCCUCAGUAUGUUUCCAGAAUCUGAUGACUCUUAAAGUUGAAUUUUGUUAUGGGAUCAUAAAAUUAGUUGCACAUUCAACAGCCAAAAGCCUAGUGCAGCUCAGAGAAAUGAGGAUAAGUUCUUGUGAAAAGAUAGAAGAAAUAAUAGAAGGUAGCGAUGGGGAUCGUGAUGAAGUGAAGGUUGAAAUCAUUUUCCCCAAACUCAACCUUUUGGAACUGAGUUGCCUAUCAAAUCUAGAAAGCUUCUGCUCAUCAGGGAAUCAUACCUUUGGAUUCCCAUCCUUAGCAACAGUAAUUGUAAAUUAUUGCCCAAGGAUGAAGAUGUUCUCUAAGGGAGGGUUAAACGCUCCGAUGUUGCACAAAGUACGACAAUAUGAGUGGGAUGACGGGGAUUGGAUUUGGGAAGGAAGCCUUAAUAGCACCAUACAAAAACUGUUCACGGAAAGGAAUCCCAUGGAGGAAAUGCAGUAUUCUAUAGAAGAUCAAGGCAAUCCUUCAAUUUCUAACACACAAUCAACAUAGUCGAGAAUUCUGAAGAAGAUCAGCUCAAUCCUUCAACUGCCAAGAAACAGAGUAAGCCAAAAAGUCUUUCCAUGCAUCUUGAGACAGUAUAGCUUAUGUAGUACUCAUCUAAUGCAAAUGAUUUUUCUUUCCUUGAAUAAGGUAAGUUCUUCAUUUGACGGUGUUUUCUUCAUCUCAAGUGCAGAAGUGCAAGGGUUCUAAUUCCUAUUUCCUUCACGGCCAGCAUUUAUGUGCCAUGGCAGAGUGAAGUAAACAAUGUAUGUAUUUUGAGACAUCAUUAUUGAUACUUCAUCGUUUGAAAUCAAAUGGUUAUAAGAUUUCUUUAUUAUAAUACAAGGGUUCUUUAAAAUGAAAUAAUGGUACUCUUUUUUUUCGUUUCUUUUGAUAGUCAAUUAUCAUAUUACCAAAGGGCAGUGCUGCCAAGCUAUUCUGUCUCUAAAGACAAGUUUAAUCAUGCUGCAUUUGAUCAACCUGUAAAUGGUUGCAGCUUCUUUCUUUUAGUCUUUUAUGUUUCUAUGGUGACUAAUUAUAGCUUGCCAUUUAUUUGAACAACCUUGGAAGAAAUAACAUAUGUACUACUUUUCUAUUUUUAAUGAUCUGGGUGUUGAGAAGUUAUGGAUGACAACAGUUCUGAAGUCAGAGGAUAAGGAGAAAUAUUAUGAAGUUCAGGAUCACAUACUUAUUUUGAAAUUUCAAGGAUUUGCGACUCUCCCUUUUUGGGAAGGUACAAACUAUUUCACGUUGAAACUUGAAAGAAAGCUCAAUUCAUAUUUAUUCUGGAGGCUCAAAUUGAUGGUUUUUGUUUGGGCUGGCUGAUGGUUUGUGUUUGUUUACAGGUGAUUUUCUGCUGCAUUGAACCAAUGGCAAAUUCUUGAGUCCAUUGGGUGCCCCAAGGUGUGCUGUGCCUACAACAUUUUGUGAAUGGGCAAUUUAUCCAUCCUGAUAUACCCUGUUCCAUUCUACUCGACCCUUGUGCUGAGUUCCAUGCUACCUUAGUGGCACUGUUCAGAAGCAUGAUUUGAUGGCUCAUGGUGAACAAGAGCAUUCAAUGUCAAGGAGGCAGAUGGUACAGGAAAAUUGGGCAGAACGAAUACCCCUCCUAGUUUUCUCAUACGAUGAGGGCUAAUGCCAAUUAAUCCUACUGAUUGAAUGGAAGAAUGGGAAAGAAUCCAAUCGCCAUUGAAGGUUUACAAAGUAUUUGCCUCAUGUCAAGUGAAGAAGCUGGUCCUUUUCAAACUUUAGCAAAGGCUUACUAGUUUCAUUUCAUUAAUUGAAAACAUAUACAAGUCAAAACACUUGCAGAAAGCCCAAUGACUGACAACUCAUUGGGAUGGAGCAGUUAUUUCUGAUUUUCAUUUAGGACAUUUUCUAUCAGCAUUGACAUAAACAGAACAACCUAUAGCAAGGAUCUUGUUCCUCUGAAUACACUAUAAGCCAAGAGUUUCCAAGUAUAAGAAACAGAGGAUCGUUGUUCAAGUACAAUGAUUUUUAUCUACAAUAGGCAUCAGUUUUAAAGUUGGAUUUUUUAGUUCUUUUCCUGAAAGAGUCUUGGCUUCAAAUCUUAUAAGAAGUGCCUUAUAUUCGUUUAAACACUGGUAAGUAACUAUGAGAAUUUAAGUUAAAUGAAGUUAAUUUCUUC